AUGGAAAUCGGAUUAUGCGAAAGUUUCAAGCUAUUGUUGUUUGUGGGACAAAAAAGAAGGAAGCUUGGCAGGGGGUAAAUCAACUUGAUUUUCAAGGUUGAUUUUUUUGGGUCGAGAUUUGCAUGUACUUUUCAUUAGGUCAAAGGUUUUCGAGUAACAUAGGAUACUUUGUUUAUUAAUCCACAUAUAUCUUGGAAUGUAUCAAUUUUUGGAUGAAAAUUACCAAAAAAAAAUCUGCGUUUUGUAGAUUAGCAACCCAGAGUACUGUAGAUUUACUAUUAUCAUUGUAAAUAAAAAGAAGUGUAAAAAAAAUAAAAUAGGUGCUGUAUAGGAACUGUAGAAUCAAGCUACUGUAGAUCAACAGAUACCGUAGAUGAGGUUACAGUAGUACCUAGAUAUUCAAUUUGCAUUUUUUCUAUGAAACUCACUUCACUCAAAAUCCAACCAUUUUUCCGAAUCUUUAAAAUUUGAAAUGAAAUAUUAUUACUGAAUUUUUCACGUAAACGUAGAAAUUUUAAUUUUUCAAAUUCAAAUUAAUUUUCUUUCACUUUUUCUUUAUUUUUUUAAACGCAACACGUGAACUUUUGAUUUAAAAAACAGGCAUUUCUAUUUAAAUUUAUUUCCAGUUAUAAUUUUCUUGCAAAACAGCAACAUUCCACUCUGAAAAAGGUAUCACUUCUCUUCCACCACACAAAAUACAUAAACAACGACACUCCGCUUGCCUGUUGUUUAGCAGCUUUUUUAUUUUUUAUUUUUUGCAUUUUCGAAUCCCAUUUUUUCUCAUUUUCCCCCUUGAAACACCUCCAAAUCCCAUAAUUCAAAAUCCGAAUUUAUAGAGAAAAAUGAUGCGCACCAAACUUGACGGUAGAAUUCGAACGCAAAUCGAAAAUGGUGUGAAUACAUCGCAUCGAAGUAUGUUUGCAAUUGUUGGAGAUAAAGCGCGCGAUCAAGUUCCAAUUCUAUAUCAUAUUUUAUCCAAAUCAACUGUCGCUGCAAGACCAACAGUUUUAUGGUGCUAUAAGAAGGAAUUAAGUUUUUCAACGCAUCGAAAUAAGAAGAUCAAGAAAGCUAAGAAGAAUACAACAUUAUCUGGAGCCAUUCAGGUAUUUUACCCAAAAUAUUUUGAACAAAUUCAUAUGGAUAAUUUUUUAGGACGCGGAUCCAUUCGAUGUUUUUAUCUCAUCCACUCAAAUUCGCUAUUGUUAUUAUAAUGAAACCGAGAAAAUCCUAGGAAACACUUUCGGUGUUUUGGUUUUGCAAGAUUUUGAGGCGAUGACACCAAAUUUGUUGGCUAGAACAAUUGAGACAAUUGAAGGAGGUGGAAUGGUUAUUUUAUUGAUGCAAAGUGUCAAAUCAUUGAGGCAGUUGUACACUAUUAGUAUGGUGAGUGAAAAAUUGAAGAAACUGAGUAUAAGGCUGGGAAUUAAGGCUCCUGAUAUGAGGAAUUAGCCCAAUAUCGUAGAAAACUCUGAAUUAUGAAAACCUGAAAAUUAGGCAUAAACCACAGCACAAACCACAGUCCAUGUCUCAAAUUUUUCUUGAAAAUCACAUUUUUCCAGGACGUCCAUAAUCGAUAUCGAACCGAAGCGCACAAUGAAAUUGUUGCUCGUUUCAAUGAAAGAUUCAUCCUAAGUUUGGCAAGUUGCUCCUCAAUUUUAGUGCUCGAUGAUCAAUUGAGAGUUUUGCCGAUAUCGUCGAGCAUCGAGAAAAUUGAAGCUGUUCCGGCUAGUCAGAAGGUGAGAAUUUGAAUUUUUGACAAAGAAUUUGGAUUUCCACGUGUCAAUUUCAGUUUGUAGCCGAAAUUUUCAGAUUUGGGUUUUUUAACCUCCCUUUCCCAUUUUCCUUUUCUCCAGAAACUCCAAACCGAAUCCGAACUCGAACUCUCAAGCUUGAAAGAAGCAAUGAAAGAAACCAAGCCAAUCGGUCCACUUCUCGCAAAAACCAAAACCGCGUGUCAAGCAAAAGCGCUCCUCCGAUUCCUAGAUGUUAUAACCGAAAAAGAAUCAAAUGUAACAUGUUCUUUAACAGCUGGAAGAGGACGAGGAAAAUCGGCAUCGAUUGGAUUAUCUCUUGCUGGAGCUAUUGCUUUUGGAUAUACAAAUAUAUUUGUGACAAGUCCAUCUCCCGAAAAUCUCAAAACAUUAUUCGAAUUUAUUGUCAAAGGAUUUGAUGCGUUGGAUUAUCAAGAACACACAGAUUAUGAAUUGGUGCAAAGUUCGAAUCCGGAAUUUAAAAAUUCGUUGGUUCGAAUUAAUAUAUUCAGAGAGCAUCGACAAACUAUUCAAUAUAUUAAUCCGACGGAUGUUGUGAAAUUAGGACAAUGUGAAUUGAUUGUUAUUGAUGAAGCUGCUGCUAUUCCUUUGCCUUUGGUUAGAGAACUGAUUGCUGGUAAGAUUAGGAAAAAAUAGACAGAGCUUGAUUUUAUAAGAAUUUUAAAAUCUUCAACUACACCUAUAAUUUUUAUCAAAUUCCACCUGGAUCUUAUUUUUGAUUCCCAAUUUUUCUUUCCAGGACCAUACAUUGUUUUUCUGGCUUCCACAAUAAAUGGAUAUGAAGGAACUGGUAGAUCAUUAUCACUCAAACUUUUACAACAACUUCGAAAUCAAAGUAUUGGCGGAACAUCGACAGAUUCUUCGAAAAAAUCAGCAACAUCAAAAGGACGAAAAUUGCACGAAAUUGAAAUGGAAGAAAGUAUUCGAUAUAAACCGGGUGAUAAAAUUGAGAAAUGGAUGAAUAAGUUGUUGUGUUUGGAUUCGACGGUUUCGAUGAAAUUGGAAUGUGGAACACCGCCACCAAAAGAUUGCGAAUUGUAAGCGAUCUCUGAGGGAUGAAAAAUUUUGAAAUUUUGAAAAUUGAAAAUGGGAAAAACGAUGUUUUUGUUUAGAAAUAUAUAUAGAAAAUGCCGAGGAAUUAGAAAAAACACAUUCAAACUUAACCAAAUACCUGGAAUUUCAGGUGGACAACUUUUUACCCACUUCUUCGGGUUCUUGGUUGAGGUUUGAACACAUUUUUUCCAGCUAAAAUUGAUUUUUAAAAAUAUUGAAUAAACUGGCGAAACCUUGUCCCAGAAAAUCGUGAUUUUUUGAGAUCUCGAAGUCAAAAAUCCUAAUGUUUCCAGAUACAUCGUAAAUCGCGACACGCUUUUCUCAUUUCACGACGCUUCUGAAGCCUUUCUUCAACAAAUCAUGUCAAUUUUCGUCUCAGCUCAUUACAAAAACUCUCCAAAUGAUCUUCAAAUGCUCAGCGAUGCUCCAGCUCACAACAUCUUUGCCCUAAUGGCGCCAAUUCAAAAAACUCAAAAAAAUCUGCCUGAAGUUCUGGCUGUUAUCCAAGUUUGCCUUGAGGGAAAAUUGAGUUCGGCUAACUUGCAAAAUAGUUUGGAAAGUGGAAAACGAGCCAGUGGUGAUCUUUUACCAUGGACUAUUUCGCAACAAUUUAUGGAUCGCGAUUUUGGUGGACUUUGUGGUGGAAGAAUUGUAAGAGUUGCUGUUCAUCCAGAUUAUCAAAAUAUGGGUUAUGGUGGAAGAUCGAUUGAAUUAGUUGAACAAUAUUAUAGAGGAUUGGUGACAAGUUUGGUUGAGGAAGUUGGAAAUGGAGGAUUGAACAAGAAAAAAGUGGAGAUUAAACAGGUUAAAGUAAGAUUUUUAGAGGUUUUGAGGCUCAAAAUUUAGAAAAUUAACGAUUUACGAAAAAAAAAAUCUGGCAAAAUUUGAAUUUUUACCCCAAAAGUAUUGAGAACUGGAGAUUUUUUAUCCAGGAUUUGAUUUUUCAAACGGAAAUCUCUUCAAGUCUCAAAAUUAUUUCAAAUUAAAAUGAAUUGAAGAUUUAAGAGUUUUCUUAAAUUUUCAAGAAUUUUCGAAUGACGUAGAAGUUUGUCUAAAAAUCCCAUUUUUCAGGACGGCAAUACUGUAGAAUUGCUCGAAGAACGAAUCGAACCUCGUGCCGAUUUACCCCCUCUUUUACAAAGAUUAGACGAAAGAAAACCAGAAAAAUUGGACUAUUUGGGAGUUUCGUUUGGACUUACCGUACCAUUGCUCAAAUUCUGGAAACGUUGCGAAUUCGUGCCGGUUUAUGUGAGACAAACUGCAAAUGAUAUUACUGGAGAACACACGUGUAUUAUGUUGAAAACAUUAGAAAAUGAAGAGGAAGAAGAAGAAGAUGGUAGGAUUUUGAAAGGGAAUUUUGUGAAAUCCAAAGAAUUUCGUUCAGUCCAAAAAAGUUUGCCCCUAAUUUCUGAUUUUUUCAGAAACCCCUUCAAUUUCCUGGCUUCCGACCUAUUGGAAAGAAUUCCAAAAAAGAUUCAUUCAACUUUUAUCAUAUGAUUUUUCGACAUUUUCUGCACAAUUGGCUCUUUCAGUUUUACAACUUAAAAAUAAACAAGUCGAAAAAUCGCAAUUCAAUCAAGUAUUAUCGAAAAAAUCGGAAAUUUCAAUGUUUUUAUCGGAUUCGGAUUUGAGAAGAAUGCAUUUAUAUGGAAGAAAUAUGGUCGAUUCACAUAUUAUCACUGAUUUGCUCGGAAUUGUUGCCAAAUUAUAUUUUGAGAAAAGAUUGCCUGGAGAGUUGAAAUUGGCUGUAACACAGUCUGCAAUUUUAUUGGCUCGCGGAGCACAGAAAAAAGGAUUCGAGGAGAUUUCGAAAGAACUCGAUUUACCUGCAAAUCAGAUAUUCGCUCUUUUAACCAAAAGUAUCAGAAGAAUUGGUGAUUAUUUUGAUGGAUUAUGUGAAUUGGAAGUGAGAGAAAGAUUGGAUGGUGGAGACGCAGAGAAGAAUAUUGCGAGUGAACAGGUUUUGAAGGCAGUGCCGUUGGCAGAUUUGGAGGUGAGGAUUUGGAAAAUUCCAAAAAUAAAGUGGUGCACAAAAAUUUCUAGAUCUCAUUUUCAAAUAAAAAAUCUAAAUAAAUUGGAUUUUCUUGAAUUGCAUCUCAAAAUUAUCGUAUUUCCCUUAUUAAAAAAAAAUUUCUCAACUUUCAUUAUUUUUUUCCAGGAUGAGCUCGAAACAGCGGCUCAAGAAAUUCGUGAUCGUCAAAUUCGCGACAAAAAAGCGCUGUUAGCCGAACUCGGAAAAGAUAUGAAAAAAUACGAGAUUUUAUCGGAUCAAAAAGAUUUGGAAGAAGCUUAUAAACAAAUUGGAGACAUGAAGUAUUCCGGGAAGUUGGUCAGCGUUAAGAGUAAACGGUAAGCUAGAUAGAAGAAUGAAACUUUUACCUCAGACUCCCCUAAUUUUUCAGAUCCGCAAAUCAAAUGGAAAUUCCAUCAGAAGACAAGAAAAAGGCGCCGAAUAGCGCGAAAAAGAAGAAAUUCUCCUCGAAAAAACAUUGA